AUGUCCCACCAUUUGUUCAUUGUAUCACCGUCAGAUUCGCCAUUGUAUUCCCUAGCGCACUACUCGACAAAGCCAACGAACUCCGUGGCUUCGCCGUUGUCCGCGAACCUACCGAGUUGGUCGACUAGCGCCUUUGCAGGGACACUGACUGCUUUGUCUGGGGCCUCGAGUGUAACUCACCACACGUCUGGAGGGGGUGUUCGUAUGGGUGGGGGACAGGACCGCCACGUUAUUCAGAUGAUCGCGAACGCGAGCCUGGACGUGAUUGAAGAUGUGAUGAGGAAAGAGAACGUGAUGUAUCUCAAGUCUGUGGACAAGUUCAACGAAUGGACUGUAUCGGCAUUUGUGACUCCUGGCAACAUGAAGUUUCUGCUCCUGCACGAAGGCAAGAACGACGACGGAAUCAAAUCAUUUUUCAUUGAUGUUUGGGAGCUAUAUACGAAGACGAUGCUGAAUCCGUUUCACACCGCCCAUACGAGUAUUCGGAGCCCAGUGUUUGAUUCGAGGGUGCGGGCGAGUGCAAAGAAGUAUCUGUAG